GAAAAUAUUCAACUAUCACAAAUGAUAUUGAUUCAAGAGAAAGAAGCUGACCAGAAGAUAUACCACAACUACGAAUCUUUGAUACCAGUGAGAAAAUCUCCAAUAAAAGUGAUGAAUGCUGAAAAGAAAAAACUAUAA